ACAGGGAGUUAGUGUUUGCAAAGCUGUGUGGAGAGAAGGUAUCUUAUUCCUCUCUAACAUCAUCUACACUUUGCAUCUGUUUCUGUUAGUCUGUUUUUACCCCCUCUAUAUUCUGACCUGAAAGACCUGGAAGCAGCUCUGCUCAGAAGGGAAGACUUAAUCAGGUUUAUGUAUUCAAAAGGUUAUGAAGACAGUAUGGAGUUUCCAGAACACAGCAGACAUUUACUACAAUGUUUAAGUGAGCAGAGGCAUCAAGGUUUUCUUUGUGACUGCACAGUUCUUGUAGGGGAUGCCCAUUUCCGAGCCCAUAGAGCCGUGCUAGCUUCAUGCAGCAUGUAUUUUCACCUCUUUUAUAAGGAUCAGCUAGACAAAAGAGACCUUGUUCAUUUGAACAGUGACAUUGUUACAGCUCCCGCAUUUGCACUCCUGCUUGAAUUCAUGUAUGAGGGGAAACUCCAGUUCAAAGAUCUACCCGUUGAAGAUGUGCUUGCAGCUGCCAGCUAUCUCCACAUGUAUGACAUUGUCAAAGUAUGCAAAAAGAAGCUGAAACAGAAAUCUACUUCAGAAACAGAUAGCACUAAAAAGGAAGAAGACACUUCAAGUUGUUCAGACAAAAUAGAAAGCCUGUCAGAUGGCAGUAGUCAUAUGGCAGGUGAUUUGCCCAGUGAUGAGGAUGAUGGUGAAGUAGAAAAAUUAAACAUUUUGCCUGGUAAAGAUAGUUUAUCAGCUGAGUCAGGAAACAUUUGGUUAAGAUUGCCCUCAGAUUCAACAAGUAUUGCUCAGACCGGUAGAGAGGCUGAAGCACAUACAGUAUCAGCUGGAAAAACAGCAGCCAGCCCCUGCAGUUCUAUGGGUUCAUUGUCACAGAGGUCUACCCUUUCGGUGAGGGAUUCAGCAGAACUAGACUGCGUGCUGGACCUGUCUGUGAAAUCCAGUCUAUCUGGAACUGAAACUGUGAAUAGUUCCUAUCUUUCGCCACAGGAUAGUCUGAGAAAUUGUGCAGCUCAGGUGAAAUUAGAAAAAGAAGCUUCAUGUGAUGCGAAUGAGACCACUGAGUAUAACAUGGAAGAAAGCACUGUGAAAGAUAAUAUAAGCACUACUAUCAGGACAACGUACGACCCUGUCCAUAUGGCCUCAAUAAGGGAAGAUUCCGUCUUAAGGGAGUUGGAUCAUGCUGAAAAAGUAAGCGAUGAUGAAAUGAUAAUUCCAGAUAAUGAGAGGGUUCCAAUGGAUGGUAGUAUGGAGAGCAGUUUGCUACCUUAUGUGUCAAAUAUUCUGAGCUCUGCUGGACAAAUUUUUAUGUGUCCUCUCUGCAACAAAGUUUUUCCUAGUCCUCAUAUUCUCCAAAUCCAUUUAAGCACACAUUUUCGGGAGCAAGAUGGCAUCCGUAGCAAACCUGCCAACGAUGUCCACGUCCCUACCUGCUCUUUGUGUGGUAAGACAUUUUCUUGCAUGUAUACACUUAAGCGGCAUGAAAGAACUCAUUCAGGAGAAAAACCUUUUACUUGUACUCAGUGUGGAAAGAGCUUCCAGUACUCCCACAAUCUGAGCCGACAUGCUGUUGUUCAUACACGGGAAAAACCUCAUGCCUGUAAGUGGUGUGAGAGGAGGUUCACACAGUCAGGAGACCUUUACAGGCACAUACGAAAGUUUCAUUGUGAACUGGUAAACUCUUUAUCCGUCAAAAGUGAAACCUUGAGCUUGCCUGCAGUGAGAGACUGGACCUUAGAAGACAGCUCUCAAGAACUUUGGAAAUAAAUACAUUUUGUGUAUUUCUACAUAUCUGUGACCUAGGUUGUGUUAUUUAUAUGAGAGAAUUAUAGAUGUGUCUUUAAGGAUAUAUGGAAUAUUGAAGGGAUUAUAGAUGUGUCUAUUACGGGAAUCUAGAGUAAUUUGUGUUAAAAAAAAAAAAACAUCAACUUCUCUAUAUGUUUAUGUAAUAAAUUAAAUAUUAGUUUUGCACUUUAGGAGGAAUUCUUUCAUGUUCACUACUGGUCAUUACACUGUACCAUAAUAAUAAUUUAAAAGGUGUAGCAAUUUACGUGUCAGAGAAGGAGCUCUGGCAGUACUAUUUUUUUUUAUAUAUUUUAAUUUGUUAGAAUACUCAGUUUGUGUUGUUAUGCUUUGCCUAACAUCAUAAUUCAUGUAGCAGCUAAAGAAACUACAGGCACUUAAAGAGCUUGGUAUUUUCAUUGUCACGCUGUUAUUACUUUCCUUUCUUCUUUGUCACAUUAAAUAUUUACAUGCAACUCUUACGGUUGGUGUACAAUCUUAACUUUAACGUUAAUUGAGUAUAUGUGUGUUUUAUUUGGAAUAAAAAGAUGUUGAUAGAUGCGUGACAUGAGGUUUAAAUUUAUAAUAAAUGAAAGGAUUUCAGAUUAUCAGAUAGGUCUUCUAACUAAUUUUAAAUACUAAAGAAAUUCCCAAGCAUCUUUCUUGUAUUAUGUGAAAUAAAUGUACCUGUUAAAUUGCAAGGAAGGUUAUAGGGCGAAAAUCAAA